AUGGCUUCUACGGAGCAUCAUGUUGCGGAGGAGGCGAUUGAGUUGAAGUCCCCGUCGCCGGGCGAGAGAUACCCGCAAUCCAUCAACGAAAAGAAUAGGGAAGGUUCUAUUUCCACGGAGGUAGAUACCGAGGUUUCUGUCUACUUUGAGGAAGGGGAUGAAGUGGAGCUAAGAGAGUCGGAUUACACCCCAGAGCAAUAUAAGAAGUUGUUGAGAAAGGUUGACAAGUUCCUGCUCCCGCUUAUGUGGUGCUGCUACGGAAUCCAGCAGACGGACAAGACUUCCCUCGGAACACAAGCACUGUUUGGUUUGAGAGAAGACACGGACUUGGUCGGACAGCAGUAUCAAUGGCUCACUACGAUCUUCUACCUCUCCUACCUCUGCGGCGAAUUUCCAUCCAACUUUCUCCUUCAGCGCUGGGCCCUCGGCCGCUGCCUCAGCAUCUACAUGCUGUGCUGGGGCAUCGUCGUCAUCUCCAUUGCCGCCGCCCAGAAUUGGAUCCAUCUCAUGGUUCUGCGCGCCAUGCAAGGCUUCUUCGAGUGCACCAUCUCCCCCGGCUUCAUUCUCGUCAUCGGCACUUGGUACAAGCGAGACGAGCACUCCUCGCGCUCCCUCUUCUUCCAGUCCGCCAAUGCUGGGUUCGGUAUCAUCGCCGAUCUAGUCAUGUACGGUAUUGGUACCCAUGCGGAGAGAUAUCCCGGCAGCAUAGCGGCGUGGAGGUGCAUAAGCUUAUUCCUGGGCGCGUCGACUAUCGUGGCCGCGCUGACGUGUUUUGUGAUUCUGGGGUCGCCGAAGGAGGUAAGGUGGUUGAGUAAGGAGGAGAAGCGGAUGGCUGCGGCGAGAAUCUUGAGCAACAAAGCUGGGCGCGACGUUACAGGUAAGGAGUGGAAUUGGGCACAAGUCACAGAGGCCUUCAUGGAUCCCGUGCUCUGGUUUUCGACCUUCAACGCCUUCCUGAGCUCGGUUCCAAACGGUGGGAUCACUACGUUCGGAUCUCUAUUGUACAAGUCCUUCGGAUUCACCCAACUCCAGGUCCUGCUCGUUGGUAUCCCCCGCUCAGUAAUGUCCCUGAUUCUCUUCGUAAUCGUCGGCUUCUACACUCGCCAAGUCGCCAACCGCCGCAUGUGGAUUAUGGCCGCCGCCACCAUCCCGCCGUUCGUCGGCCUCCUCGCGCUCUCCCUCCUCCCUCAAGACCCGUCCCUGAAAUGGACGAAAUGGGGUCUGUUUCUCAUGACUGUCCCCACGGUCCUCUCUCUCUUCCUGGCAUGGACGCUCAUCCCAUCCAACGUCGCGGGCCGCACAAAGAAGACCAUCAUCUCUUCUGCAACCUUCCUGGGAUACUGCGUAGGUAAUAUGGUCGGUAGCCAGAUCUUCAAGACCAAGGAUGCGCCUCAGUAUGUGCCAGGCACGAUCGGCGCCAGUGUCUGCUUGGGGUUGGAGUUUGUAUGUAUCGUGGCGUGGAGAGGCUGGUACAUGUGGCAGAAUAGUAAACGAGAUAGAGUGGCGGCUGAGAGCGGCAUCACAAAGGAGAAGCAGGAGAGGCUGGGGAGAGAGUUGGGAGAGCAGGAUGUGACGGACCUGAGGAAUCCGUACUUUAGGUAUACCAUGUGA